UAAGGUUGUUUGGGGUUUAUUAGAUCAAUUUAAACUUGACCGAACAACUAUUAUAAACAAUCGAUUACAAUUUUUAGACAUCAUUUUUCUCUGUGUCGUUUCCGUGUUGUAAUGUUGCCAUUAAAACGAGUCUGUAUCCAUAAAUGACAAGGCACCUAAUUUCAGGGAACCACCUUAAUUAGUUUUGUACUGUCAGAAAUCGCAGGGGGCGUUGCAGAGCUUUAAACUCUCAGAAUUAAAAGCGUUUUUCAUUUCAGCGUGAAUAACACGGUAGUACAAAUUGUUACAUGCCACUAAUACUCAGAAAGUGUACUUUUAUUUAUUUAUAAAAUAAUAUGUUUGUGUCAGUACCGGAGAAAAUACGCUUUCGGUAAUAUAUCCUCUGUUCUGUGCGUUCGAGGGAGCUUGUGCAUGAUAACAACAUCUUAAAAUCUUAUGUAAAGUUUUGGAGGCAGGAAGAAGAACCAGGAGACGUCUCGUAAGGAGGUAUUUGGAUUUAUAAUUGGUUUUACAACGAGAUUUUCCCAGGCGCUGGUUAUCAUUAAGAACUUUCUAGUAUUAUUUAAGAACAAUGGCAGUUAGAACCCAAGAAGAUUUGGCAACUCUUUCUGAACUGGAUGAAAAAAGUUUACUGGAGUCACUCAGCAACAGAUUUCAACAAAACCAUAUAUAUACAUACAUUGGGGAUAUUCUUGUGGCCAUAAAUCCAUUUAAAUACCUGCCACUGUAUGAAAAAACGGUGUCCGAAAAGUAUAAAUGCCAUGAAAAAGGUGAUCUACCUCCCCAUAUUUUUGCUGUUGCUGAUAGAGCUUACCAGUCCAUGCUAGGAAGGUUAGCAACUGGGCCCAGAAAUCAGUGCAUUGUUAUCAGUGGAGAAAGUGGUGCUGGGAAGACAGAGAGCACAAAACUGCUGCUACGACAGAUCAUGGAGCUGUGUAAAGCAAACUCUCAACUUGAACAGCAGAUUCUGCAGGUUAGUAUUGAAACAUCUUUAUAGUAAAGAUAUACAAUU